AUGUUAACAUACCUCCUACGGUCGAAGCUCAAGGCGAUGCUCACCAGAAUCCACGAUUGGUUGAAACCCGGAGGCGUCUUCGUUUUUAAUCUUGCGACUAUCGAUAAGGAAGAACUCCACGGCGAAUUCCUAGGCCAUGAAAUGUUAUGGAGCAGCUAUGGUGUCGACAAAAAUCGAGAGUUGCUAGCAGAAGUCGGAUUCGACAUAUUGCAGGUGGAAGUAUUGCAGGCAGGCGAUGGCAAGUCAGAGGACGAUCCAGACUUUGAGGUCGAGUUUAUGUGGGUCAUGGCACAAAAGAAGGGAUCCCCUGAGAAGGGGACUUCAGGUGAUAAGUUGACGAAGCCAGGCGAACUGUUUGUUUGA